AUGGCACCAACAAUAAAAACCCCUCCCCGAGCAGCCGCGCCCUCCCCCAUCCCCGCCCCCGUCGUCGUCCCCAACAACAACAACGACCUCCUCCCCCGGCAAGACAACCCCACCCCCCCAAUCCAAACAGCCACCAUCCCCGCCAACUACGGCGCCCUGCACUCCGGCCCCGACCCCGGCGCCGUAGCAGGCAUCACCCUCGGCGCCGUCGCCGGCUUCGUCCUCCUCCUCUGGCUGGUCUACACCAUCGUCAACCUCGGCAACCCCUCCAGCGGCACCACCGUUGCCGACACUUCUACUGUUGUUACCGAGGGCACCGGGUCCGUGUAUACCCGCCGUCGCCGCCGAUCUAGUCACCGUCGCGGCGCCGGCGGCAGCCCCGUGCGCGUCGUCAGUCGCAGCCGCAGUCGCAGUCGUAGUCAUACCGCUACUACCCGGCGCUACUCCCACCGUGGCAAGGCUGAGACAGUGGAGAUCCGUCGCGGGCGCGGCGGCAGUGGUGGACCGGUGAUCGUCGAGGAGGUUGUUACAGCCAGCUCACCUCCCAUGGCAGAGGUCGACCGCGUAAUCAUCGAGGAACGCAGCCGACGCAGACGAAGCAUCAGCCGCCCCGUCAGCGGCGGUCCGAUGCCACCGCCGCCGAGACAUGUACUGUCGAGUGACUCGGAGAGUGAGAGCAGUCGGGGCGGGACGGAUGAGAAUGAGGUCGUGGUGAUUGAGGAGCACUCGCCGCCGAGACGGACGAGGAGGGGGAGUAGGGUGAGGAGUGUGGAGAGGAGGUCGAGUGGGUUUAGGGAGGUGGAUCCGGAGAGGUUUGCGGGGGGGGAUGCGCCGUUUGUGGAUGUUAGGCGGUCGGGGAGUCGGAGGUGA